AUGCGAAUUCCGGCUCUUUUUGGUGAGCCACUUGGCUCAGCCAUGGGCUCAGCUCACCAAGAAGAGCCGGCUGUUUCUGCUCCUAAACGGCUCUUCAAUUUUACCACUUCUGCCUGUGGAGUGCCUGUCCGUGCCCCGGAGAUCACCACCCUAACAUUCUGCCUUGUUUUAAGUUACGAAAAGGAAAUAAAGAAAGUAAUGGCUCUUGGACUGGAGUCGGCUCCCAUUGUUCACGUUAGAUCAGGGGUUUUCAACCUGUGGAGUCCACCAACAAAUCCUUUUGUCUCUACUGCUGUGCCACAGGCUGCCAUGCAAACUAAUCCAUUUCAGGCCAAUGGAGGAGGAGCAGCAGCAGCAUCAUUUGGACCAGGCUCUAUGAGCAUGCCUGCUGGCUUUGGCAACUCGGCUGCCUACAACCUCCCCACAAGCUUCAGUGGAAACUUCCAGCAGCCCUUUCCUGGUCAAAGCUUCCCCCAGCCACAGGCAUACACUCAGCAACAAAACGGUGGAGGUUUUGCUUCAUUUGGUCAGGGUAAGGCUGUAGUACCUCAAUAUGGACAGCACAUGGCUGCAACUGGAGUUACCAGUAACCCAUUUUUGGCUGGGGCAUCGGUAGCACAGUUUCCCACUGGAAAUUUUUCCACAAACCCUUUCUUAUAGCACGUCUCUCCUUCGCACAUCACCAGGGGAAUACGCUUGCUUGCACCUCUUGCACUGUUUUGUUUUUCUUAAGUAGCUUUAAGAACAUGUUUUUAAGAACUUUUUUAUCAAGUUAUGAACUAAAAUGUUAGUCACCAACAGUGUAACAUGAGGAUCCAACCUCGACAGCAGAAAACAAAACAAGGUAUUGGGGUGCCUAGAGGAAAGACCUUGUAACUUCUUUUCUCUGCUGAAUCUGUGAAAUUUCCUGGCCUGUUCAUUUAUACUAAGUUAUUUCAAGAUGUCCUGUUCAUUUUUAUUGCUGCAGUCCUGUACAUAUCUAUUCUGAAAAUGGCAGAGAUUUUGCUUUUUUUUUUUUCAUAUCAGUAUUUGUAUCUUAAUCUUGUACAUUGACGUACAUCAGUCUCUGUGCUACUGAUGAGAUGGCGGGGCUUAUUUGCUCAAUAGCUGGUCACUUAUCGAACCAUCAGAGAGAGACUCUACCAAAGAAGAGGAGCUCUACAAUUCAUCAUUUUUAAACCAAGGAUUUUUUUCUAUUCUUGUUUCCAGUUGUAAAGUUUUGAAUCAUUUGUUGUUGCUAUUACUAUAGACUCUUACCUGGCCAGGUGCUACACAGAGACUCCCAAACACAGACCACUUAAGUGUUACAGAAAUUUAUGUGUGUGUGUGCGCGUAAGUGUGUGUGUGUGCGUAUGUACACUCACCGAGUGCUUUAUUAGACACACCUAUGUGGUAUGUACAGUGGAUCCACUAUUAGUAUUAGACCCCUUGUUUAUUUUUUUGUGUGUCAUGAAUGUGCUUUUGUUUUAUUAUUUCUUUUCACGUCAAUCUGUACCUAAUCACCCAUGAUGAACUGUGUUUUUUCUGGCCAAUUACUAAAAUUUAAGACCUAAAAUUUCUUAUAUACUUCAUUCAUCUCUGAAUUGAGGAUGAAUGGCCUGACUUAUUUUGCUCUUUAGAGAUGAUUGUGCAUUCAACAGGUUCAUAACUUUCUGGUUCAUAACCUUGGAGCCAUUUUUAGAGAGUCUGCUGGUUUUUUUUCACCAUCUUGACCAAGUCGAACUCUAGGAAGGUUCAAUGUUGUGUCAAGUUGUUCCAUUUGUAAAUUAUUGAGGCCACUGUGGUAUUGAAAAGACUAUAUUAUAUAGCAUUAUAUAUUGUUUUAUAUCCCUGACCUGACCUGUGCCUUGCAACAAUUCGAUUGCAGAGAUCCACAGACAGUUUCUUCCUCAAGGUUUGGUUUUUGUGCUGACAAUGCAGUGUAAAUUGUGGGUCUUUAUAUAACCAGGUUUAAAAUUUCCAACAUAUGUCUGGUCUAUUCAAAUUGCAACCCAUGGGCAAAAGUCAAGGGGUCUAAAUACUUUCUGAAUCCACUGUACAUUCAUUGAUUAUAAUCUACCUACCAUACAGUUUACCUUUGUGGGUAUACAAUUACUGAAUGUAGCUCAUCUGUACACUUUUUCUCCCCUUGUACCCCACUUAUUAAUUAAAAGGGACCCCGUAGAACCCUCACUGACCAAAUGUUAUUUGACUGGAGGAUUGUUCUUAGCACUGCAAUGACACUAACAUGGUAAUGACAUAAUAGUGUGAUAGUGUGUAAAAGUGUAUCAGGUGCAGCGGUGUUGUCAUCUAUGUCAAAAGCGUUGUGUGAUAAAAUGUUUAGAUCUGUACAGGCUAAAUGAAGACUAACACAGGCUAUAUGUUCCUAAUAAAGGCUGGUAAGGUUAAGCAGUAAAAUAUUCAACACAUAAUUACUUUAUUAAUGUCACAUCAGUCUUGGGAAUGGUAUACCACCCAAACAUUAUCUUUUCAGGGGAGGUCCUAAAUUUAUAAAUGGGGUACAGGGGUCAGUAUGUACCAGAUCAGUGCAAACAUCAUUUCCAGUAUGUACCAGAUUGGUGUACAUAAUAAAGAGCUCUGUGUGAGAAACUUUAAGAAACCACAA